AAUAUUCGCCAUCCCACCAGGAAAGAAGGAGAGAGAAACCAAGGCGCCGCCUCCAGUUCCGCGUCCAGGAGCACUGUAUAUAACCAGCCUGAGAGGAGCCUCUAGCUUCACACUGCAGGACCCGGUCUCCAGGAGCAAACAGCUAGACUCUCGUCUCCAGUUGGAGGAAAGCCGGCCAGCUUUUGAAUCUCUGUUGGGAGAGAUGGCGAUGAACCUGGGCCCUUUGCUGUUGGUGUUUGUGCUGGGUCUGUUUGCGACCCCUCCAGUUCUGGCUCAGAAUAAUCCCAGGUACAAAAAAUUCCUGACUCAGCACUAUGAUGCCAACCCAACGGGCCGGGACAACAGAUACUGCGAAAGUAAGAUGAAUGAAAGACACCUAACCUCGCCCUGCAAGGAUGUCAACACCUUUAUUCAUGGCAAGACGAAUGACAUCAAGGCCGUCUGUGGAGAAGAAGGAAGCCCUUACGGAGAAAACUUCAGAAUAAGCAAUUCUCCCUUCCAGGUCACCACUUGCAAGCACAGGGGAGGGUCUCCCCGGCCUCCAUGCCGGUACCGAGCCUCUUCAGGGUCCAGACGUAUUGUUAUUGCCUGUGAGAAUGGCUUACCUGUGCACUUAGAUGAGUCUGUUAUCAUUGUGUAGUCAGCUGACCCCUGGCACAGACCUGGCUCUGAUUUCUUUUUAUCUCCCCUCAUGGCCCAGAACACUGGUUCCUAUGUUCACUGUCAGGGGCUGGAAAAUGAAUUAUCUGAAACAUAUGUCUCCUGAUUUACAAUGCACAGAAAUAAAGAUGUCUCAAAAGUCA